UUUUUUUCUCUCUUCCAUUCCUACUCUAGCUUCUGUAGCUAGCUCCACCCCUCUCUGCCUUUCUCUCUCUAGCUCCAGUCCGUAGCUCGCUCGCUCGCUAGAUUCUGCAUGGGCGCUGCUGCUGCUGCUCUGCUGCUUCGGGAUCGCCGCCCCUCCUCCUCCACCCCGCAUCCGCUCGUCGUCAUCGUGUGACUGAUUCUUGGCCCGAUCCAUGGUGAUGGCCAGCGCCGGCGUCAACAACAUGCCCGCCGGCCCCAGCGCCGGCGCCGAGGGGUCAGACCCGGCCGCCGAAUGCCGCCUGCGCAGGCGCCGACGCCUCGCCCUGCUCCGCCACGUCACCAGCACCUCCGCCGGCUCCGACGAGAGCGCCGCCGUCGCCGCCGCAGCGGGGAGCGAGGAGAAGGUGCAGACCACGACGCCCACCUCGGAAUCCUCCGAGGAGGAACCUGAGGGUGCCUCUGCCGCCGCCGCCGCCGCCGCCAUCAACGUCGCUUCUGCAACGACGUCGCUUCCUUCCGAUGCCGGGACGGCAGCCGCGGUGUGGCCCGUGGCGUUCGGCUCCGUUGCGCUAGCGGGGCGGCUGCGGGAGAUGGAGGACACGGUGUCGCUGCACCCGAGCUUCUGCGUCUGGGCCGACGGCUCGCCCAUGCACUUCUUCGCCGUCUUCGACGGCCACGGCGGCCCGCACGUGGCGGCGCUGUGCCGGGAGCAGAUGCACUCCAUCCUGGCGACGGAGCUCGCCGCUGCGGCCGCCGCCCAGGGUCACGGGGACGAGGAGGGGUCGUGGCGGGCGGCGCUCUCGCGGAGCUUCGCGCGCGUGGACGCGCUGGCGCCGGAGUCGUGCGCGUGCGGGCGGGCGGCGGCGGGGUGCGCGUGCCCGCUCUCGUCGGGGCAGCGGGGCGCCAUCGUGGGGUCGACGGCCGUGGUGGCGCUCCUGGUGCGCGACCGCCUCGUCGUCGCCAACUGCGGCGACUCGCGGGCCGUGCUCUGCCGGGGCGCGCACGCCGUGCCGCUCUCCGAAGACCAGAAGCCGGACCGACCAGAUGAGAGGGCAAGGAUCGAGGCGAUGGGCGGUCGGGUCAUGUUCAUCAACGGGGCACGCGUCAGAGGGAUCCUCGCCAUGUCCCGUGCACUAGGGCACAAGCUCCUGAAGCCUGAAGUCAUAUGUGAGCCGGAGAUCACCAUAACCACAAGGUCGGACGAUGACGAGUGCCUGAUCCUUGCGAGCGACGGGCUGUGGGAUGUGAUCUCCAAUAAGGUGGCCUGCGACGUCGCGCGGCAAUGCCUGGAAGACGGAAGCCCGACAAGAGCGCGCACAGCUGAGAGCGGCGAAGCCGGUCCCAGCAGCAGCGGCGCACCAGUAGCGCAACAGCCAGAGCCUCGCUGCUACCGUGCAGCUGCUCUCCUUGCGAGGCUCGCCCUCGGAAGGGAGAGCUCUGAUAACAUCAGCGUGGUUGUGAUCGAUCUGAAAGCGAGGGGUUAGGCAUAUGAUAUAAGAUCAGCUUAGACUUUGCAGACAAAAAAUCAGCUUAAACUCUGAGAUUUUCUUUGUUCUUUAGAUAUUUAGCUCCUGGUUCUUCAGUGGCUGGUUGGUUAUAUUCGGCGAAGAGUCCGAUAAACAAAUUAGUAAGUAGAGUGGAUGAAACAUUGCCAUGGAUAGAGAAAAAGAGAGGGAAAGUGAUAGUUUAUAAAUGGAUGCAUGAUUGCAAAUGUACAAAAUAUGAUGCUGACAUUUAUGUUCAAUACGGUUCCCAUUUUUCUCA